AUGGAGAAAGUCUUUACUUAUAUGAAGUGUUAUGAUGGAGAAAAUGUGGCUUAUGCAAUAUAUAUUUUAAAAGGACGUGCAUAUGGCUGGUGGCAAAUGCAGGAGAGGAUUCUGGGAGAUGGUGCUGACCAAAAAGAGAAGGAAUUCCGUGAGCUGAAGAAAAAUGAUAAGACUGUGGCUGAGUAUGAGGAGGAAUUUACCUAUCUAUCCAAGUUUGCACCCCAGUUUGUUGCAACUGAAGAAGAUAGAGCAUGUCAUUUUGAGGAGGGUCUGCAACCUAAUAUUAAGUUUCAAAUGAGUUCAUUUGAACUCUCCACUUAUGUAGCGGUAUUGAAGAAAGCUUUAGUGAUUGAAAGGAACGAAAAGAAAUUUUCUCGGUUGAUGAUCGCAAGAAUGAUGAUAUGA